AUGGCAGUUGAACACUUCUCGUACUUUCUGCUCGGUCGAAAGUUCACGUUGCGUACUGAUGCCAAGGGAGUAGCCUUCAUUUUCAACCGGUCUCGGGAGAAUUCAAAAAGAGCUCUAACUAGAGCGGACGGGUGGGCAUUGCGGCUCAGUCCGUAUAGUUACGUGGUGGAAUACGUAAAAGGCGAUGACAACAUAGCAGAUCCUUCUUCCCGUUUAUACCAAGGAGAAGACGAACCGUUUGAUGAAGAAUCAAGCCCCUGGGAAGUCGCUCAUAUCGAAGCGAAUGCAAUUGGUUUCAUAACCGAUAGUGAAGUCAAAGAAUACACCAAGAAGGACGAUACCCUACAUGAGGUGGCAGAGGCUUUGAACUCAGGAGAAUGGCCUAAAAAUCUGGGCAGAUUUCAAGCGGUAUCUGAUAACCUGCUGAUGAAAGACGGAAUGCUGACCAAGCUAGGCUGUGUCGUGAUACCCGAUCAGCUGCGUCACAAAACUCUUGACGUUGCACACUCUGGUCAUCCAUCGACAGCAAAGUUUAAAAGCAUUCUUCGUGAGCGAGUUUGGUGGCCCGGGAUCGCCAAGGAUGCUGUUGAAUGGGUGAAGGCCUGUGAAACUUGCGCUCUAAAUGGACGACCGGAGAAACCAACUCCAAUGAGGCGGAAGUUUGCGCCAAAGACAGUUUGGGAAACGAUUGCGCUCGAUUUUAAUGGCCCCUACGCGCGGUUUGGCGGAAUAUCCAUUUUGGUGAUUAUCGAUUACAGGUCGAGGUAUGCGAUUGCCAGACCUGUGAGAUCCACCAGCUUCGGAAACACGAAGAAGAUACUGGACGAUGUGUUCAAUAAGGAGGGGUUUCCUGAGGCCAUAAAGUCAGACAAUGGACCACCGUUCAACGGAGAGGAGUAUAGGAAUUACUGCAACAUCAGAGGUAUUCAGACAGUCUUUUCUACGCCAUUUUUUCCACAGCAAAAUGGACUUGUGGAGAACUUCAUGAAAGUUGUGAAUAAGGCAAUGUCCACCGCGCUGGCAAGAGGAUGUGACUUUCAUGAAGAACUUCAAGCAGCGGUGAACGCCCAUAACUCGGCAGCCCACACAGUUACAAGAUUGCCACCAGAGGAAGUUAUGUAUGGUAGACGAAUCCGACGUGGACUACCUCUGUUGAAUCGUGGAAGAGUAGACAUAGAUGACCGCUUGUUGGAUAUGCGCGACUCCGAAUCAAAACUCUAUUCUAAAACUCUGGCGGAUGAGCGACGGGGUGCUAAACCAUGCGGAGUUCACCCUGGAGACGAAGUCAUAUUGGAACGUCAAGCUAAAUCAAAAGGAGAUACGAGAUUUGAUAAGAAACGGUACACCGUGAUCGAAGAGCACAACGGGAGCCUGCUUCUUAACGACGAUGAUGGUCAUCAGGUUCGUCGUCACGUCACCCAGGCUAAAAAAGUCCACAAUUGGCGUAAUUCGAACGACGCGGAACCAUCGGAGGAAACCGUAACUAGUCGACCGUCUAGAUCAAAGAAAGUUCCGGGGUACUUGUCAGAUUAUGUACAGCAACUCGAUGAAUAA